AUAGGAGUAGAGAGUCAAGAUGGUUGGACAAUUGAUGCGCAUCCCAUACACGGCGCCGCUGCCAGCACCAACCAUCCUCCCGUCGGCAGCAGCUUCCGUACCUACCGUCCAAUCUACUUUCACGAAUUUGUCGCCAACCAUGCUGCGCGGAAACGCUACUGGGCUCGCAGUUUCCUGGGCUGGACCAACUUGAACAAGUCGAAGCCGAAUCCUGCACAUAGAGCUGUGGCAGAUCUGGGGCGGUUGGGCUACCUGUCCAGCGUCAUCACUCAGACGCACCCUUCCCUCCGCACCCUCGAACUUCACGGCUACCUCCGUAGCGCAGUCUGUACCACCUGCCGCACCGAGUACGAUCGCCAACUCUUCCAAAACGACCUCGCUCAACUCAAUCCCGCAUGGAGCGACUUUCUCAACGAAAUGCUCGCCUCUGGCGCCCUGACUACCGAGAACCCCGAUGAGAGAAGAAGGUUAGGCCUCAAGACAAAUCCAGACGGUGACGUCGACGUACCUGGUGUCGAUUAUGCUACCUUCAGGUACCCUGCUUGCCCGAGUUGUUUAGCCAAGCCGCCGACAGACAAGGAUGGCAAGAGACACGUUGUCGAGGUUGAUGUGGAUGGUGCAUGGUUAGCUGGGAACAGCACGGCCGGCAUACUCAAACCCAAUGUCAUCAUGUUUGGAGAGAGUAUUCCGGACACCACCAAGGUUGCUGCUGAGAAAGCCAUCGAUGAAGCCUCCAGGGUGCUGGUACUAGGGUCCUCAUUGGCCACCUACUCGGCUUGGAGACUGGUCAAAAGAGCAAGGGAACAAGCUAUGCCAGUUGGAAUUGUCAAUAUUGGUGGUGUGAGAGGUGAAGAUCAGUUCUUCGGACAUCUGUCNACGGGAAAUACUGGAAAAGAAGGCUUGAGAUGUGCUCAUAUUCUGGAAGAGAUGCUGCCGAGCCUUGUCACGGAGUUGAGCCAAAGGAGUACUGCACCACUUACGGCCUCUGCUAUGGCGAGACCUUUUGUGCCCGCCCCGUGGGCU